UAAGUCACCCGUCACUAUGUUCAGUUCUAGGACGCUUUUACCUUUUUUUGUCUUGUGUAUUGUCCAUGGAUCGCUGAGUAAGCCACUCACUAAUAACGUAGUUGAGGGGCGCGGUAUCGGUUCCACAAUAUGGGGUUGGAUAACAUAUCCGUUUACUUGGUGGAGCGCAGAUGUUAGUGAAACACUGCCUGAGAAAGAUCAACCUCUCCAAACAGAUACGACAAAUACUUACGAUAAUGUACGCAGACAGAAUGUGAAUGUACAGUGCAACGAUCAGACAUGUACUACGAUCAGGUGUAAUAAGUACGGAUGCGUGAACAUUACGUGUAAUAUAUAUGACACAGAUCUAACUGGAGAGUGUCGGAAUUACAAUACCGAAGUGAAACCUGAAGAGCCUACUACUCCUAAUUCGUCAGAAUCAGUAUCGACGCUGCAGUCACGAGAUAAAAAAACUGACGUGACAUCGAAAGAACCUACUAUUUCAACCACAGAAACAUCUAAGCCAACUAUCGAAGACCGACCACUAGAAUUAGAAGCAGUAUUAUCGUCAACCGUUACCGAAAUUGUUGAUAAAGUAAUAGCUACUGUUGAUUAGGAAACCGAAAUGAAACAUACUAUACUAAGAUGCAAAUACACUAAAGGAAUUCACUUACAAUAUUUUAUCGCUUGAUUUAGAACAAAUUUUCAGAAAUUAUUUCGAAACAUUUUUUACACAAUAUGUUACAAAACUGACGAAUAAUUUAAUUGAAAAAAUGGAAAUCGAUUCGUAUUGCUCGGACGGUAUAUGUUAUUAUUCAAGAUGUGAAAAUUACAAUUGUGAGAUACAAUUAUGCAAGUAUUAUUUAAU